GCGGCGCUGACCCGGCGGAGCGGAGCGGAGCGGCCCCCGGCCAUGGGCAGCGUCGGCCCCCGCCCGCCCCGAGGCCACCGGCAGAUGUGCUGAUGUCUGCUCCUUGCAAAGACUUGACCCACCUGAGGUUGGCAGAUGCACAGAUGUGACCGUGAAUCACCAGUAAAAGUAGAAUGAGUGAGAGAGAUAUACAGAGCCUGAGCAAAUGGGUUUUCGUGCUCAGCCUCUGCCUCACCACGCUGUGGGGACGACUGACGCUGGCCUCCACGCAUCAGCACAGAAGCCAUUCAGUGCACGUGGAGCCCGGCACGUGCGAGGUGAUUGCAGCUCACCGGUGCUGCAACAAGAACAAGAUCGAGGAGCGCUCCCAGACGGUGAAGUGCUCCUGCUUCCCAGGGCAGGUGGCAGGGACAACACGGGCAGCUCCCUCCUGCGUGGAUGCCUCCAUCGUGCUGCAGAAGUGGUGGUGCCAGAUGGAGCCGUGUCUGCACGGGGAGGAAUGCAAAGUGCUGCCUGACCUGUCGGGAUGGAGCUGCAGCAGUGGCAACAAAGUGAAGACGACCAAGGUCACUCGAUAGACCCCGUGCAGCGCGGCACGGGCUGAGCAGCCUUGCCGUGGGUCUGGUGCUCCCGUGGGCAGCAGGAUGCGGCCCUGCAGAGGCGGGUGCUGCAGGGCUGCCAGGCUGCGCCCACCAGCAGGACUGUGGCAGCUGCUGGAUCAGAGCAUCCUCUGCGCCCCAGCUUCCCUGGCGGCUGCAGGAGGGGUCCCAGCACAGUGCCAGCAUCCCGUCACUCCACGGUUUCCUCCUUUUCUGGGGACACCUUCACCAACCAAGAAACGGGCUCGUUUUCUAACCCUCCUAAAUAAAAUACUCCCACUAUGUAAGAGCUGUUGACAAUGCAGAGACAGGCAGGCAGCAGGCCCCCAAAGUGGGCUUUAGUCUGAAUAGCUGAAAUCAUUGCUGUGAGUCGCCUUUCCCCCCGAGAUGCUGAAUCCAGGUUGCAUUGGAAUCGGGAAAUCAGUGGUUAUGUGAAACCCUUCCCCACGUGGCUCCUAGCCCUGGGGUUCCUAGGAGCAGCUGCUGAGCUCCAGCCUGACCCUGGGUCACU